AUGUCAAACAUUAAUGCCCACUUAAUAUCAAUUCUGUUUACUAUCUUCAUCUGUUCCACUGGUCCAAGAACGUCAAAGUGUUUCCUGAAACCGCCUAAGUUUUGUGACCAAAGUAGUAAAUAAGAUACGAAACACAACAUUUUUUAUUAGAGGGCCAAACUCCUACUCCAGUGUUGAAUAUGGUGCCCAUGGAGGGUAAACUGUGUCUCUUUUACUUCUAAACGUCUAAUAAAGGUGCAUACGCCAAAUGGGAAAAUUUACGUGUGAAAUAUGCUUUGUGGGAUGGCUUCUACAAAAUUCCCCUCACAGUAGGAGAUGCAGCCCCUGAAUAUGUAAAAAUGUCCCAUGAUGAGUUCCUAAAUGUGGACUUAUAUUCCUAUCCAAAUGACCCUAGAGUUUCAGUCUUGUUUGACACUCACGGAAAUAUCGCUGGUCUGCGAACAGCAUACAUCAAAGAAGAUCUGGACAAGCGUGCAGAGUCUAAGGGUAUGAAACCUUACUUUAGCUUGUACUCAUAUGAUGACAAACCAAUGUAUACAAGUGGCAACUAUUGGAACACCCCUUUAUGGUACACUUCUGUGCUCUUCAUGAGUCCCGAAAAACUUAAGGCUGGAGGACGACCAGACCCCAAAGGACUGGUUGCUGAAGACAUUUACUUGAAAUUAGAUGGCAAUUGGACUCUCAUACCAAAAGAUGAGUGCAAAGCUGAAAGUUUAGGAUUUACUAAACAAGGAUGUUUUAUUGGGAUGGGCAAGCACUAUUUUUAUAAAGUAACUCCUACGUCAGACUGUAAUGAUUACCAAGGAGCUUUCCUUCUGUAUGAGAAAGGAGAGCUGAUCGGCCUUGGAAUCAACCCCUUUGGUUCAUUCACUUCCAAAGACAGAGUCUGGUUUGAAGAUGUACCAGCAAAAGUUGUGAAGAGUAUAGUUGCUGAUGGACCUGAAUGUUUGGAGAAUCACGUAGAGAUGUUCGGAGUUACUUCCCUUCACAUAUUCUUCAAAAACUCACCUCGGCUCACAUUCUGUACUUGGCCUUGGCAGAAGAGUGGCCAAUGUGAAAAAUGAGCUUGAGUGUUUUGUGGGAUACAUACUAGUUAUGAAAUAUCUGUACAAAUAUUUUGUAAAAAAAAAUAUAUAUAUUUUUUUACCAUGAUUAAA